AUGCAUUUUCAGAGCUCCAUUGCUCAGGAGGCAGCUGUCAGCACUCUAGGGUUUGUGGUGCUCCUCAGCUAUCUAGCGACUCUCCUGUAUGCCCCUCCUCCAGAGCCCAUGGGGCUGAAAGGGGAUGUUCAUGGGACAGGGGUGACGGUGGAACACACAGAAAACCUGGAACUCCCCGUGACACUGCUGGAAAGCCACAACCCCUGGCCAGCCUAUGUCACAUCCACCUCUCCCGCAGUAAGGCGCCUCAUUGACAAAAGCAGGGCCCGGGACCUGGAGUGCAUUCAUUCUUACGAGGAGACCUUCAAACCCACAGGGCUGAGCAAACCUAGUUUCGUGCAUCUGAAGAGGAAGAAGUCAUCCAAGUCCUCAGAGCUCGUGCUCAAGGAUGCCCUGUCCGAGUCCAGGCAAUCCACGUGGGAGCCUUGCUCUGCCACAAACAUGAGUUCCACACUCCUUCCAGAACCUACACAAUCACAGAUGGAAGCCAGAGAGGGUCCCACGUCCAACUACAACAAGAUCAUCUUCUCCAGGAGGCCUGCGAUGAGGAAGCUCCCCUAUGGCUUACUACAGGCCAGCAAGGAGCCGCUUGCCAAAGCUUAGCCAAGAGCCCUGAAGCCAUCCCCUGAGAACUUACCACGUCACACUCCAUCUGCUACAAUACACCAUGUCCUUGAAACUUGCCCUUGUUCCUGUUUAGACAUAGGUUGGCAGACAGGGACCAUAUCGGAAAGCAGGCUGUGGGUAGACAACCCCAACACUUUUGGGGUGGGGCAAUUGUAGCUGCUGAAGGCGCAACCGCAUGGGUGUUUGUGUCCUGACAGCAGACAGAAACCACAGGAGUGACUUUACCAGUCUUCAUUUAAUAGGCUCUUCAACCAGGUGACGAAAGAGGGCUGCAAAGUAAGAAUCCAGUUAUUGACAGGGGUAGCCCCCAAGGGAACCGGCGCCGGCCCUAGAGUUAUUGGAAGUUAGAUGCCCGCAGGAGGGGGAAGUGUGGUGAA